ACCGCGCCAAUUCCUCAUCUCGGUCUUACUCGUCAGACCACCCACCUCAGCGUCCACCUCCUUCUAGUAGGACCUCCGCUCUCAAUUUAAACAACUUGUUGAAUUCAGACGAUCAACCUAU